AUGGCGUCGCUCGACACGGGCGCCUACAAGGACCUGUACCACGACUACGCGUCGGACGACCAGGCGCGCAUCGAGGAGCGCAAGCUCGUCGGGGGCCUCGAGGGCGACGCGCUGUACGUCGACGCGACGUUCCCGGCGUCGGGGUCGAGCCUCUACUACAACGAGCACCAGCCGCCCAAGUACGGCAUCCCCGCGGAGCUCGUCGAGUGGAACCGCAUCGGCGGCCGCGAGAUCGAGGGCUGCGUCGAGCCCGUCUUCGUCUCCGAGGCGCCCGGCGGCGGCGGCGUGAAGCAGGGCGCGCUGCGGGACCGGUGGUUCCUCUCCGCGCUCGGCAUGGUGGGCUCGAAGCCCGAGCUGCUGUCGCAGAUCCUCGUGAGCAGCGCGCUCUGGAAGAAGGGCAUCUACACGGUCAAGUUCUUCAAGGCGGGCAAGUGGCGCUACGUGCACGUCGACGACAAGAUCCCCUGCGACCGCGGCGGCCGGCCGCACUUCGCGCGGAGCUGCGACGCGAACGAGGCCUGGGUCAUGGUCGUCGAGAAGGCCUUCGCGAAGCUCCACUCCUGCUACGAGGCCAUCUGCGCCGGCGGCCUCGAGGAGGGCCUCAAGGACUGCACGGGCGCG